AUGGCGAAGGCGGUAAGAAAGCGAGGGGUUAGCUCGCAAUCGAAAGCCCAACCCAUUUAUGAGGAUAGUUCGAUUCCACAAAUACAGCAAUUUCAAGAUGUAAUAGACCUUCAGAAAGCCGAAUUUGAGUCGAUCAAAUGCAAUUACAUGCAGCAAAACUGCCAUCUGGCUAAAUCCAAUAGUAAUCUUCUAAUUAAACUGAGAGAUAUGGAAAAAAAUGUCAGCGAGAUGGUUCAAGAAAAUGUGAUACUACGGUCUAAGCUAUCGAUGAACGAGCUGAGAUACAAAGAGAAACUAAAUGAGCAUAUUCAGCUGAUGGAAAAGGGGGUUUUCCAGAGGUUUGAAGAGAUUUUUCAUAUUUUUGGAUCAAUUAGACGACGCGAAGGCCUGGAACAUACACCACAGAGUCAUCUAGAGUAUCGCAAUAUGAUUAAUGAGCCGAGAUCGAUACUGAAAAGGAGUAGACCUUCUUCUUCAGGAAGCAGAAGGACGUCGAAACAAGCUAGCAUUACAUUUAAUGAGGAUGAAAAUCAGGUAAUUCCAUUUAACGAGCAGGACUCCGUAUGCCAGACUGAGCAAGCAGGUGAGGAUGCCGCGAGCCCUCGCUCAAAAAAGAGACGCAGGAAUUCAAGAAGGGAGUCUCUUUUCAUUCCCGCUGAUUUUGAGCUUUCAGACGAUACCAUUGAUCGACAAGCUGACGUUGGCUUAGAUGCAAAAAAAACAGAUCAAACUGAGGAGCCAACUGAGGAGCGUGUGGAUGAGGAACAAACUUUAGAUAAGAGACAACUGGAGGCGGAAAUUGACGAUUCUUGUAAUUUUACAAAUUCCAUAAUUGAAUAUUCGAUACCCGAAGAAAUACCAGACAAUACCAAGCAUCAACCGUCUGAUAGUAAUACUAGUAAGUUGGAUGUUUACAAAGACAUAAGACAAGAAAGCACGAGUCAUCAGUCAAGCUUACUUCAAAAUUUCGCGCCGUCUUAUGAACUUUUCAGUAAUCGUAGCCCCAACUCUUCCGCUCAACAACCUUUUCUUCCAAUUCCAAUAUCAUCUCAAAAGAAGAUUAAACAUUCGAUGAAACCUCGCACCAACCAGAAAAAAAUGGUUGACGAAGUGAUGCCCUUAACAGCGGAUGCAAGCAAAUCACUGGUGAAUAACCCUAGAGCACGCAGGACACGGGGAAAAGCUGUUAACUACACUUUACCCUCUUUAAGGGCAAAGAUGAGGCGGCCAACUGAGAAAUUGGUCGAUGCUACCACAGUAACUGAUAUUCAUGAUCUUCAGGUAGGCAGUGGCCGAAGCAGUCGUUCGAAAUCAAGGGACAGUACACCAGAUGCUCAUAGUAGAGAGCAAUCGGUGAUGGGGGAUAAGACACCUUUAUCGCCUCACGUAGAGCAGCAAAAUCGAGGAAAUCAUACGAAGGAAGUCAACGAUGGUGACGCGGAACAGAAACCCACCACUCCAUCUGUCUCUAACGAGAAGGCGCCAGGCCAAUUGCCAUCUUCCGUGAACUUCAAGCAAAUUCCGCUAAAAGAUAUUACCAAUAAAGCUCAGCUAAAAUCUCUGAAAACGAAAAAGCUAUUCAAAAAACCCAUUGUUGGUGAUAUAGGGGAUGAAAACAGCUGUGAGCAUGACGAAAUACGCGGCCAUCGUGACACUUUUAGAGUCAAUGAGAAUGAUCUUUCAGUAUUUGAUUUGCUAGAUGAUUUGAAAGGUAAUACUGCAACAAAAACUCAUCGCGCAAAAGCAAAACAAGAUAUUGAAAAACGGGGCAGAAGGCCAUCUUUUAAAUUAUGA